UGAUUGUGCACCGCUUCCCAGGGCGAUGCGUUUGGUGGGAGGGUGGAGGCGAAGACAUUCCAUCAUGACCAUUUUCAUGCUUGGUUCCAUGCUCUCCUCUGGAAGAACUGGAACUGUUCCUCCGUCGGAUGGUCGGCAAAGGUGAGGACAAUGUCAAGCAGAUUGUCGCCGCCACUGCAGCAUACAUGAGAUGCUGUGACAAUGACAACACGCCACAUUGUUUCAUACGCGGGAAGGAUGAGAUUCAGUGGGUUAGGGUAACUGUCGUGGUCAUAGAUCCAUCUUCUAAGGCACCUGUUUGCUCCGUCGAGCAAGGUGUCAAAACAUAUCUAGUGUUGGAUCCAGCAUAUUCCGGGUUGGUAAUCUCAGUGUCGUCUCGCUUCUACACCAUCAUCCAUGAUGGCGGUCCUUCCGUUGGUCCGAAUGAUAUCUGCGGUGGCUGGUCGUUGGCGGGGAUGCUCGACGACGCAUUUGGUGCCACCGAGACAGAGGCCACAAGAGUCGACACCGUCGAUCGACUGAACACCGCAGCGUUUAAUGCGCUUAGGAACGCAGGCACGCGCAAUCAUACAUUGGAAACAGUGACCGACACUAAACUACAUACUAUUCACCAAAAUCCGAUCACGGGCGUCCGUCCACGUGAGAAGGGAGCUGGAUGUCCCGUUGUGAGGGUGAACACAAGUGGAGUUGACGGUAAGCUGGUGAUCUGGAACGUGCAGCUCAAUUUCCUGUACCCGAAUGUGCAUAACUCGGGCUCCAACUCUUGCGAGGGAUGAAAUCUCAUGGGACCGAAUUUGGCCGGAUUUCCCUCAUACUCGAGCAAUUGAUGCACCCCUUGUAUGUCAGCCACUUCCGACGUCGGGGCAAAAAAUCUUUUCCAUCCCAGAGUCGCGGUAUCGCAGGAAUGUCUUACUAGGACCCUUCCUGUUUCAUCUACAUGUCGCUGGGGGGGUGGUCCUCGGUGUUCCCAUUGGUGAACUAUCUUGUCCCUCACUUGAAAAAAACACGCGGCGCGUCUGUCAACUUCUCUAAGUGUUUGCAUGACUGACGGAGCACUGUAAUGCCCA